AAGAGACCAUUCUACAACCUCGUUUCUCAGGCGUGGCUCAAGCUUCGCUUCCUUUCUCUCUCUUCCACUUCUCUUUCUUUUCAACACUGAACUUGUGUUUCUCGUUUUGCCACACCCAUUUUCUUCAAAGCCAAAGCCUACCCAAUACCCAUCUCUUCUAUGACCCUUUCUCUUCCUCUGAAGCGUCAAGGUUUAUCUGACUCUGUCGUUUGUUUCGUCCAACAACUCACCUAAAGUUUCAUUUUUUAAUCUCUUUUCUUUACAUUUUUUGGAUAGAUUGAGCAUCUUUCGGGGUUCUACCGCUCACAGGCAAGAACUGGGGUCAUAGGAGUUUUAGUUAUAUAAUAAUUUAGAGAGAUUAGUUUGGGAUCCGCUUGCAAAGUUGCCAUCUUUGUGGUGAAUGAUGUCUCAGCAACAAAACCUACCUACGGUUUCACAAUCUCUGCAGCAGCAAACGGGUUCUGAAGCUGAUGUUAAACCCUUCUCAAUAAGGCAGUAUGUUCUUGCAUCUCGUCACAGAAGUAUAUUUCAUAGCUGGCCAUUUCAUGAGAAGUAUUUGCAAAUGUGUCUCAAGCAUGGUCUCAGGGAUGUGUUGCCACCAUUAGGACGCCAAACUUCACUUCCUGAACCACUUAAAGGUUGUUCGAACUUGAUGGACUCUCGAAAUGAUAGUAAAGAAGCUGAUUUUUGCAAACCUGAAGUGCCACAUAUCAUUGAUGAUCACAAACGAAAUAUAAAAAAUGAGUGUGAUUACAAAGUCACCAACCACAUCACUUCAUCACAUGAAGAGGGAAAUCAACAUAGCUGCAAUGUUUCUGCCAAUUUAUCUCAACCAACAGAUACAUAUUCAACUCAUGUUCAUAAGAGCACUCCACUAUUCCCAUCAUGCAAGGCAGUGAAAGAUAAACGUAGAAGACGUAAAGGGAGGUGUAAGAAAAGGUCUAUGGUGGAUAUUUUAGCUGUGGCUCGGCACUGUACUUUAGAGGAGAUCUAUAGGAUGAACAAGUUUUGUUAUGCUGAAACUGUGGUUGACGGGUAUCAACAAACGGUGCCUUCUCAAAAUUUUUCCAAGUCUGAGCUAGCAGGUGAGGAUUCAUAUAAAAAUGGUGGAAGUGAAGAUCAUGGUGUAGCUAAUGUUGAUAUGGCAGGAAAGGGACCAUUGCUUCUUAAGUUCAAGCUCAAUGGAUGUAAUGUAAAUCGGAUUUGUGAAACAUAAAUUGGCUCCCUUUAGUACCAUGUGAAUCAUUAAAUUUUAUUCUGUU